GACAAAUGAAGUGACAGUACAAACUUGUGAGGAUUAACUCACUCUAAAACCCUUUAAACCUCUGCACUGUAGUGUAUUGUUGAACACAAAGAAGAUGCAGCGCGUCGUAAGAAAACUAACCAGCAUAAUUUCACACAGACAAGUUGUAGGUUUUCGUGCCUAUUGCACUGGCGGGGUUGUUUUUGAUGUUGGACAGCCAACCUCCGCAUCUCAUCCCCAGCUACUAAAAGAUGGGGAGCUCACACCGGGCAUAUCUACUGAGGAAUACAUCCUAAGAAGAAAAAAGUUGUUGGAACUUCUCCCAGAGAAGAGUUUGGCAAUCAUCGCUGCUGCCCCAGUAAAGAUGAUGACAGAUGUUGUGCCUUAUACAUUUCGACAAGAUGCUGAUUACUUGUAUAUCACAGGCUGCCAACAGCCUGGUGGUGUGGCCAUUUUGGGACACGACUGUGGUUUAUGCAUGUUCAUGCCAGAAGCUAAGCCUUAUGAUGUUAUUUGGCAAGGGCAGAUAGCAGGAGUUGAUGCAGCAGUAGAUACAUUCAAGGCUGAUAAGGCAUAUCCAAUGAGAAAAUUGCAUGAGAUCCUUCCCGAUAUGAUAAAGGGAUCAUCAAAAGUGUUCCACAAUGUCCAGACUGCAACUCCAGCAUAUAUGGAAAUGGAAGCAUUCAAAAAACUAGCUUACUGUAACAAUGUAAUGGAUCUAGCUGUUUACACCCAUCAACUGCGAUGGAUAAAGUCACCAGCAGAGCUUAAGCUGAUGAAGGAAUCUGCAUCCAUCGCUUGUCAGGCUCUUUUGUUGACAAUGCUACAUUCAAAGACAUACCCUUUUGAAGGUACACUUGCAGCAAAGGUUGAAUAUGAAUGCAAAAUUAGAGGUGCCCAGCGGAUGGGAUUCAAUCCUGUGGUUGGUGGUGGACCUAAUGGAAGCAUUAUACAUUAUUCUAGGAAUGAUCAGAGAAUUAAACAAGGGGAUCUUGUUUUGAUGGAUAUUGGAUGUGAGUUACAUGGCUAUGCCAGUGAUCUUACCAGGACAUGGCCACCUUGUGGUAGCUUUUCUUCUGCCCAGGAGGAGCUUUAUCAGCUUAUACUGGAAACAAAUAAGCAUUGUGUGGAACUUUGUAAGCCUGGUGCCAGUAUUAGGCAAAUACACAACCAUUCGGUUGAAAUGCUGCAGAAAGGACUCAAAGAGCUUGGGAUUUUGAGAGGUGUUGGAAGCAGUUCCUACCAUAAGCUUAACCCAACUUCUAUAGGUCACUAUCUAGGGAUGGACAUCCAUGAUUGUUCAAUGGUCAGCUUUGACGGUCCUCUGAAGCCAGGUGUUGUAAUAACUAUUGAACCAGGAGUGUACAUCCCGUCUUCUUUUAAUGGUCCGGGGAGGUAUCGAGGCAUUGGGAUACGGAUUGAGGAUGAGGUUCUCAUCACAGAAACUGGUUAUGAGGUCCUAACAGCAUCAAUCCCAAAAGAAGUGAAGCAUAUUGAGUCCUUGCUAAACAAUUUCUGCCAUGGAAUGGGAACGCUGGACAGCCAAAACAACUGAAGAGGUUAACCCAACUGAUAUAUUCCUUAUGCCAGCAGUUGCAGACAACAACCAGAACAGUGAAUCCUUGAGACGGGCAUGCCAUUGUUUGGAGCAGUAACUAAAUUUUUAUCCUUUAUUUUGGUCUCCUGCAUAUUUUUUCAACCUGUGAAACAUGUACUUUAUAAUCUUGACGAGGACAACGAGGUGGUCGAGGGUGGGGAUAUGUUAUUUAUGUUGUGUUAGUGUUAGGAUUUGGAUGAUAAAAGAUAAAUUAGAGAAAGAAAUGGAUAACCAUACAUUUUAUCUGAUU